AGUAUUCUUGCCAAAUAUUAGCAGAACACUCAAGCAAUCUCAAGUGUGCUCACCAAAUGAUAUAACUGACGCACCAGCAUGUCAUGAUCAACAGUAUCAGAAGCUGCAGAAAGACCUACCAGAAUCAGUAAGGUUGAGUUGAGUUGACAUCUGUCUGUCUCGGGAGGCAAUGGAGGAUUGUGUUUCUGGAGGUGAAGUCAAACUGUUGGGAGGUUGCAGCGCCUGCUGUGGCUGUAGAGACUGAAAUGGGAUACGGGAGAGAUAUGUUUUGUUGCAGCUUGGGCAGAUGAAGGUGUCCAGUUGUGCUGUUGCAGAUGCACCAUGGCGUUUCUUCUCUCUGCGCUCCUUCCAGCAGUCGUUCCUCCUCCGGUCCCUGCUGCGGAUUCAAGACCUGACUAUCUGUCUCCAGGCACUGUGGUCCUCUGGAAGGAAUUCCCACAUGGCAGGGUUAAUGUUACCAGCCUUUAUGUCACGUUUGUAGACAUCUUUGUAACACAGAGUUGGUCUGCAAAUGGGCCUGGUGCCUGAAGCCAGCUCGCAACAGAGCACGUCCUUGGGGACCUUGCCAUCUUUCGUUCUGUGGACAUGACCAAGCCAACGUAGACAGCACUGAUACAGGAGUGUGAACAUGCUGGGAACGUGGGCUUGGAAGAAUAUGUCAGGGUACAAUCAUUCCUAUUAAUCCCAAGGCAAGGACUGGAAGCCAUGAACCUAGUCAGUGCCACAGUGAGGCUGAAAACCAGAGUGGCUUCUCAUUAGAAAGUGGGUAGUAUCCAGAGAAGUUUUGAGCUGGAGAGCAACCACUCAGUAACCUCACCUACAAGUGGAAAGAAAGAACUAGGGGAAUAGACAGCGCGAAAGUCUGAAUCCUGACUAGCCAGUUAGGAGGUAGAGCUUUUGAAGAAAGGCCAAAUAACUCUGGAUUUAAGCUUGUCUGGUGCUCUUCCCUCCCUCAGCAAGGCAUUAAUAGUUUCAGUCAACUGAAUGCCAAGCCUCUCCCAGCUGGCUUUUCACCAGCCAGUGUGGGUAUGAAUCAAAUUUAGUUCUCCAGCAUGCAAGAUUUAAAAACUGGUAAAGGGACCGUGUGAUCUGGGAGCUGCAGAAGUUGCAGGUUCGUCACAAUGGGCAGUAGAUGUUUCAGUCUCCGAACCACAAGUUGCUGAGCACCUGGAACAGUUCUGCUGGGUGACACUUAGAUCACAAUGGUAAUUGAGAAGAAGGGUUUAUUCACCACUGAUAGUAUUAAAAAAAAAACUAUGCUGCCUGCAAUCAGGUCUGUUUCAGUGCAAAUCAUAUGCCACCUUGGGAAAGGAUUGGAGCUCAGUGGGAGAAAAUCUGCUUGGCAUACAGAAGGUCCCAUGUUCAGUCCCCAGCACCUCCAGGUAGGAGUGGGAGAGACCCCCAUCUAAAACCCUGGAACACCACUGAUGGUCAGUAUAGACCAGGGUUUCCCAAACUUUUUUUGGACUACAACUCCCAUCAUUCCUAGCUAGCAGGACCAGUGGUCACAGAUGAUGGGAACUGUAGUCCCAAAACAGCUGAAGACCCAAGAUUGGGAAACCCUGGUGUAGACAGUACUGAGCUACAUGGACCAUUGGUCUGACUCAGUAUAUGGCAGCGUCUUAUGUUCCUGCUGUUCCUUCCAAUAGGUCAUCUGAGAAGGAGAGAAUCCUGUGCCGACCAGUGGGAGAAAAAGCCUGGGAGUAUCUGAGUCAAUGGCCGAUGUUAGUCUGCUACCACACAACGUGAGCCGCAGAGGAGGGCAUCAGCAGCAACCAAGCCAUUCUUCCUGCCACAAGGAACCACCUCCAAGCCUUAGUUUAAGGGAGAGACCUGUCAACUGAAGGAAAUACAGAUCAGCUUCUAAUUCACCAAUCUAUCGAGAUGACAGGAGCCUCCUAGCCCCUGUGAAACUGAAGGGGGGUGGGCAGAGGAGGCCAGAUGAUCAGCUCAGCAGUAGAGGGAAAAUGUGAAACAUGAAGAACCAGCUCACUGUUUGUGGAAGGAUGGUGCUGCUCCAAGUGUUCCCGCUGCUGCAUUUGCUCCCCUGUCUUGGCUCUGUGAAGGCUUUCUUGGGAUCCCAGCCCAGUCAGAAUAAUUUGCAGAACACAGUAUCUGGUGCAUGUGAGACGGAGCCCUUAGGAUAUUACAACGGCUCGCUGUCUGUGACAUUGUCUGGGUCGGUGUGCUUAAACUGGUUGGACUUUCCUGAUUACGUUCAUCAGUAUCCAAACCGGGGCUUAGGGAAUCACAACUACUGCAGGAAUCCGGAAGGUGGCGCCACGCCUUGGUGCUUCUACCAACUUGCCUCUGGAGCCGUAGGCUGGGCCAACUGUGACUGCAGCCAAGGUGCCGUGCGACUGAUUCAGAGUGGCAGGGUGGAGCUGUACUUCAAUGGGCUGUGGGGCACUAUCUGUGGGGAUGACUGGACGGACUGGGAUGCCAGUGUGGUCUGCAGACAGCUGGGACUCAGCGAAAUUGGCACAGCCCAAAGGGAGAGUUAUUCUGGUUUGGGUCCAAUACCCUUCCACCUGCAGUCCGCAAACUGCCGUGGGGAUGAGAAGAUGUUGUUGCAAUGUAGCUACCAAGAGAUGUUCAGAACCUGCAAGCACGGAAAUGCCGUGGCCAAAUGUGCCCCACCGCAAGGUGUAGGAUCUCCGCUUCGUCUGGUGGGGGGCAAAAAGAGCUUUGAGGGUCGAGUGGAAGUCUAUCAUGGUGGCCUUUGGGGCACCAUUUGUGACGACCAGUGGGAUGACAAAGAUGCUGAGGUGAUUUGCAGACAGCUGGGCUUCAGCGGAUCCCCAAAGGCCGUGUCUUGGGCUCAAUUUGGACAGGGCUUGGGCCCAAUCCUGCUGGAUGAAGUGGAGUGCUCAGGCAACGAGCUUUCAUUGGACCAGUGCAAGAAAAGUAGCUGGGAAGAACACAACUGUGACCACAUUGAAGAUGCAGGGGUAAUUUGUGACCCCUUUGCAGCAGAAGGUACUAUUCGACUGGCAGGAGGCCACAAACCAAAUGAAGGAAGGGUGGAGGUAUACCACAAUGGAAGCUGGGGGUGCGUGUGUGACGACGGCUGGACAGGUAUUAAUGCCCAGGUGGCUUGCAGACAGCUUGGCUUCAGUGGUCCUGCACAGCUGGCAGCAGAGGGGGAAUUUGCUUCUGGACAAGGCUUCAUCUUACUGGAUGAUGUGGCUUGCACAGGCAGUGAGCUGUCGCUCUUUGACUGCCCGCACAGCAACUGGGGGCAGCACGACUGCUCACACGAAGAGGACGUGGGUGUCCACUGCUCCCCCGAUAGCAACAGGAUCACCGAAGAGGCUACAGGGAUCCCUGUGCGUCUGGUGGAUGGGAACGGCACCAAAGAGGGGCGUGUCGAGGUUUUCUUGAAUGGACAGUGGGGCAGUGUCUGUGACCAUGGCUGGACAGAUAGCGAUGCAGCUGUAGUUUGCAAGCAGCUGGGUUACAGUGGUACUGCAAAAGCGAAGUCCAUGGCUUACCUUGCUGAAAGACACGCACCCAUUCAUCUAGACAAGGUGGAGUGCAGUGGCACUGAGCACACCCUGGGGGAGUGCGUCACCCGCAAGAGCAACAUUCACAGCUGUUGGAAAGAUGCCGGAGUGAUCUGUGACUACAUAGAGGAGGAGGAGGAGAACCAGGCAAACACAAAUGCAGGUUCGAUAUUCAGCAUGUGUGGACGGCGCUUGCUUCACCACCGCAAAAAAAGGAUAAUUGGUGGAAACAAAUCUCUCAGAGGAGGCUGGCCUUGGCAGGUCUCGCUACGUCUAAAGGGGUUUCACAGAGAUGCUCGUCUGCUGUGUGGAGCGACUCUUAUCAGCAACUGCUGGGUGCUGACGGCAGCACAUUGCUUCAAAAGGUUUGGAGUAGAUGUACGGCGCUACCUGCUGCGUGUGGGAGACCACCACACUGGUGUGAGGGACGAGUUCGAGAGAGAGCUGCCGGUGGAGAAGAUUGUCCUUCAUAGGAACUACCAGUCUAGCAGCAACGACAAUGACAUUGCUUUAGUCAGAAUUCGGGGCAAAAGCGGCAACUGUCUUUCCUUCAGCCACCAUGUCCUUCCUGUCUGCCUUCCUGAGAGGAAGGAGAAGUCUUCUAUAGAUAGACAGGGCUGCGUCAUAUCUGGCUGGGGAGAUACAGGGAGGUCAUACUCAAGGACGUUACUCCAGGGCUCGGUGCCCCUACUCCCAAGAAGAGUGUGCAAAUCCCGUUAUGGAAAGAAGUUCACUAAUCGUAUGCUGUGCGCCGGAAACAUUUCUGAGGAUAACCGGGUGGACAGCUGUCAGGGGGAUAGUGGGGGUCCGCUAAUGUGUCAAAGGUCAGGUGGACACUGGGUAAUUCUAGGGAUCACUUCCUGGGGAUAUGGGUGUGGGCGAAAAGACUCUCCUGGCGUUUACACAAAAGUCAGCAAAUUUGUGCCCUGGAUCAAGAAGGUGACCAAACUGAUAUAAGACCAUUCAAUCCAAAGAUGGAUUUCUGUUGUUUUACUCAGCAGUAUUUGGGCAGUGGCUUAGAAGAAUGUCUUCAUUUUGUCUCUGGUUGGGUGUCUGUUUUUUGCUUGUACCUAAACAAGGUUCGUUUGCAAGCGGGCAGCAAGAAAAUAUUUUACGCUACUGAUAGGAGAAGGUGAAUGAAAAUCUAACAUCCUUGUGGCUGAUGUAUUCAUACAAAGUUCUGUUUAUUGAAAGAACAAGUGGUGGCAAUGCCACUCUUUCCAAAAGAGCUGCCACACGUCUUCAGGGCACAGGGGAGAAUGGGCUUGGUCAUAUUCCAUGGUGCUGCUACAUGGAAUAUUUCUCAUGGUGUGUCCAUUCACACAAACUUCUACUCUUGCUACCCCGGAUUACUCUGUACUGUUCACACCAGAUCACCUGUAUGGUUUCAGAUACCUGCUUUCUUCUGUUUCCACUCUUAAUCUCUCUUUUUAGGCAGAUAUACAGUAAAGGGUGACAUUGACUUAAUUCAGAUAUCAUGCCAAAUCAUGGUUUGCAAUUAGCUGACAACCCAGAAUUGCAACUGUUGCUGGACCAUGCAAGCCAUGGUUUAUGCUAAUCUUGGGUUGGUGCGAUGCUUGAUUUUAUAGAUACCACUCUG